GCGGAGCUGCGCGUGUGCAUGCGGGCGACGCUGGGGGAGGACAUACCGGCCGAGGAAGCCGAGGCGCUGGUGGCAUCAGUGGACGCGGACGGCGACGGGCUGCUGUGCGAGGCGGAGUUCCUCAAGCUGGCGCUGCACUGCGAUGCCGAUGCCGAGGAGAGGACCAGCGGGCUGAGAGAGGCGUUUGAGAUGUACGAGAUGGAGGGGGAAGGGUGCAUCACGCCGGCGAGCCUGGGGCGGAUGCUCGGCAAGCUCGGGAACGAGCGGGCCGUCGGCGAGUGCCGCGCCAUGAUCUGCCGGUUUGAUUUGGACGGGGACGGGGUGCUCAGCUUCGACGAGUUCAAGAUCAUGAUGAGCGCAUGAAGAAGUGAAGAUAUGAUGCACAUAUAUUGUUCUUCCUUGACUAGUACUAAUUCGCUUGAUUGUGGUAGGGUGGUGUUCAGACAUGUAUAGCUCGUUGUUCCAUUCAUUCGUUCAUUCAUUCUAUUGCUAUUUCAGCCCUUAAA